UUCGUUCUACACUGUUGAGAGAAUCGGAAGAGAAGAAAGUGAUCGGGCUCUUUAACACAUUCCUGAGCCGUCUUUGUCAGCUUCUUUUUGCUUCGUGAGUAAGAUGAUUGCACAAUGCUUUCUAGUAACUCUUAGUUUGGUGCAGUCGGCGGCUGCAUUUGUGGCCCCUCGCGCGGCGUCGCCCUUCACGGCAUCGUCACAUUUUCACUCCCCGAUACCACAACUAUACGCAGCGGCUCGAGAAGUUGAUUGCUUGGUUGUGGGGUCGGGCGUAUCUGGAAGCUCUCUCGCCUUUAAUCUUGUAAAGAACCACGAUGUUGACACCCUUAUGGUCGAGCGGAACGAAGUUGUCGGGGGCAAUCUCAUUUCGAAAGAAAACGAGGAAGGGUUUGUCUGGGAAGAAGGUCCCAAUUCUUUCCAGCCUACUCCCUACAUUAGUCGACUCGUUCACGAAUUGGGCAUAACGAAGGACCUCGUUCUCGCGGAUGGGUCUUUGCCUCGUUUUGUGUAUUGGCAAGGCGAAGGUGCGGGCGCAAAGCUGGCGAACUUACACGCUUUACCAACAAAUUUACCCGGGGACUUGCUUGACUUCAACCUGUUGACCUGGCCCGGAAAGAUUCGAGCUGGGCUCGGUGCGAUUGGCCUUAUCGCUCCACCACCGACGGAUCGUGAAGAGUCUAUAAGGGAAUUCGUUACCCGUCAUUUGGGUGCCGAAACAUUUGAACGCGUGAUCGAUCCGUUCGUGUCCGGUGUAUAUGCUGGAGAUCCUGACGAACUGGCCAUGAAGGCCGCUCUAAAAAAAAUUCAUCGACUGGAAGGGCUAGGAGAUCUUGGGCCGGGUCUGGUCAGUGGUGCGAUCAAUCGAUUCAAGGAAAUUGCCGACGAAAAGACGUCGAACCCACCCGAUCCGGCCUGGCCCACUUACAAAGGAGGCCAGCUGGGUUCUUUCCGUAAAGGUUUGCAAACACUUGCCCUAGCGGCGGAAGAAUACCUAGGACCGGAGCGUGUAAUGAAGAACACGCCUAUAGACAAAGUUGAAAAACUGCCCGACGGUCGGUUUAAAGUAACGGUCCUGAAGGAUGAUAAACCGAUCGAAAUAAUUGCUAAAUCCGUCUGUCUGACCUCGCCAACCCGUGUCACGUGCAAGGUUGCCGCUGACUUGGUUCCGGCUGCCACUCGGCUGGCUGAAGUAUACUCACCUCCCGUUGCAUCUGUCACCAUGGCCUACAAGAAAGAGUGGUUUAAGGAGUUGCCCGGUGGUACCUCGAGGGAACCUUUGCGUGGAUUCGGCCACUUGCUUCCGCGUAAAAUGGGAGUCCGGAGUUUGGGUACCAUCUGGUCGAGUUCUCUGUUUCCUGGUCGCGCUCCUGAAGGCUGGGAGCUCUUGCUAACCUACAUUGGUGGUGCACGGGACAAAGGCAUUGCGGACUUGUCCGAAGAAGAAAUUUACAAACAAGUCGACGCGGAUAAUCACGAGAUUCUGUUGAAAAGUGACGCUCCGUCUGGCAAAAGGAUUGGCAUUCGAGUGUGGCAAACUGCCAUACCGCAGUACCGUAAGGGUCAUUUAGAAAUUUUGGAUGCAUUGGAAGCCGACGAGGCCAAGGUGCCCGGGUUUUAUUUGGGAGGUAAUUACCGGACCGGUUUUUUUUUUUGUUGCCUUUGGUGAUUGUGUGCAGUUUGGAUGGACGGAAGCCGAAAAGGUCGCAAAAUACUUGCAAUCGACCGAGGAAAAUAUGACUUCUAGUGUAACUGAACCGCAGGAAAUUAGCGUAG